UUCAAGAUGGCGGCUAAAAGGAAGAGUAAAAUAGAGGAAAGGUUGAAAGCAUCCCUGGAUGGAGGAGACUAUUACAAUGCUUUGCAGACUAUAAAGGUCUUGUACAGUAGAUACAAUUCGCAAGGAAAAAGUGACGAGUGCAUUUCACUGCUUUACAAUGGAGCAAGUGAGCUUUUAAAGAAAGACAAGUGGGAAAGCGGAACUGAAAUCUCAUUGAUAUUAGUCAAUCAUUUGAAAGACAAGAAAUUACCAAUCACUACGGAUUUAAUAAACAAGCUGGAGUCUUUAUUUCACUGCUAUAAGUUCUUAAAAGAUGAAGAUUGUAUUCAGCAUCCAAAGCUACCUCUCCUUCGAUUGUAUCCAUCCAUUGCUAGUCUGGACAAAGAAGGAGCAGCCCGUCUUCAUGCUAUGCAGAUCAACAGGGACUUGUUCAUGAAGGCUGUUUUAAAGUGGACAAGUUUAGUAGAUGAGAGUUUAAAAUAUGGUCACACCAAGCUACACAAGCUAUUAGCUCUUAGCUAUUUUCAAGAGGGAGAGUUGGAAAAAGCAAGGAAGCAUUUCCUGUAUUGCGAUUUACCGGACGAGUUUGGUCAGCUACUGGUAGACCUAUCAUACAAAGAAGCAAAGCCUCACGAAAUUGAGAUGUUCAUCACACAGGCAGUCCUUCAAUUGCUGGUUUUAGAGAAGAAAGAUGUAGCACUGAAAACAUACAAGACAUAUUGUAGGAACCACUCGCUUGUCGGCUCAUUCAUGCCACCUCCUUUCCCUCACUAUCCUCUACUCAACUUCACCUGGUUCUUAUUGCAUUCACUCGACAUUGGAAGCACUGAUGUCUUUCACUGUCUUUGUCAUUGUUAUAUUCAAGCUAUCAGUUGGGACCCACUUUAUCACAAUUAUUUGAGUAAAAUUGGCGAUAUAUACUUUGGGAUUAAAACAACUAAGGACAACUCUUCAGGAGGAGGUUUGAUGGAUUUGCUCAGUGGACAAAACAUCUCAAGCUUAAUGUCGUCUCUUGGAGGACUGCCUGAUGAGUUGCCGUGGCAACAACAAGCACCAGCUCCAGUGCAGCAACUGCAAGAAAGCGAUUUACUGGAAACUGUUGAAGGACUCGAUUAGAAUCAAUAAAUUAUUUAAUAACAAUAAUUUUGUACAAAGUAAUAAUAAUUUAGAUGCAUUUGGUCAUAAUAAA